GAAUGUCUUUGUAUUCUUUUGAAAUUUCAAUUUUCUCUAGUCCUCUCAUUAUAGGCAUUAGAGGUCAUUGUUGCCAGUAGGGUUUACAAGUUUUCGUCUGUUAACCUUGUUUCUUCCUUCUUGAUUUUCAGUAAAAAGAUGGCGGUUUGGGGGGAUCGUAAAUAAUUUUGCUUACACUCACUCGUUUCAGUACAUUGUUCUCGAUCUAUGGCAUAAUUUUUAAUAGAGAUUGACCUUCAAUUAGACGAGGAAUGAUAACGAGUUUCAGUUGUAAUAAAGUUAAUCGGUAUCUAUAAGUGCUAUACAAAGACUGUACGGGGUAAUCAGCAUCAAGACACUUGUCCAUAUUUUAGCAGCAUGGAAGGAACUAUAGAAUUGUCUUCUGAAACCAAUUCUGUUUCCCUUGAUGCAGCAUAUAGGAGGAAAAGAAAAAGAAAUUCUGGAACUGAAUCCACUGGCUAUCAAGAAGAAUCUUUUGCACAAGUAUCAGUUUUUGAUUCUGGUAACGUAACACCCCCAAAAAAAGUAAAGCCUACAGCCACUGAACAACAUGUAGAAGGUGUUGAUGAAACUAAGGCAGUUAAAGACGUUACUCUUCAUAACUUACGAAGUGAUCAAUCAAUCAACAACAAUAAACUGAAUUCACCAGUAAGUUUUGUACCAUCUCCAGGAUCAGAUUCUAAUUCUACAAUACCCCUUGAAACUGAACAAACAGAAAAUGUUUCUGAAGUAAUUGAACUAGCAGCCAUUGAAAAUCAAGCCUCAGAAGAAGCCCUUGUCCUUACUUUUAAUAACUCAGAGAUGGCGAAAGUUCCCCCAGUGGUUUCGGAACCUCCAGGAAACUUCGCAUUCAUUAACCUCGGCUUUCCACCGUCCUCGCUAUGUAGCGGUUUAGCCAAUCGUAAUGUUGUCGUAUCACCUACAUUUUCUGCACGUGAAAAUGUAGUCGAAGAGACUUCUGUACAUCAUUUAGAGAACAGCGAAUCAUGUGGAGCUUCCGAAGAAAAAAAAGAUUUGAUAAAUUAUUCACCACAUUCACCUAUUCUCUCACCGUGCACGGAUAAUAGGGAGGCUUGCAUAGUCCCAUCUUCUCCCUCGGAGCCAGCUGGGGAUGAAUUGGCUGCAUUAUCUGGGAUCGAUCCAGUAACUGUCUCAGCAAAUCAAGAUUAUGCCAUUUUACCGGAAGAUGCCAGCAUAGAAUGCAGACCGCGUCUACAACAAAAUCCUCGGCAUACCUUCGACUGUGAUAAUUCUCCUUAUUUUUCUUUUGCCUUAAGAGGUAGGGAAGAGUAUAUCCCAUUAAACGUCGGUACUGAUGAACUGGAAAAAAAGGAGAUCGAAUUACGAGAAGUGGCCUGCAAAAUUAAAGAAUUUCUGACAACAAUCGUUGCCGCAAGUAAACGCCUAGAAGGCGAGCGAGAACUUCUAAAAUCGAAAUUGACCGAGUUGCAUGCAGAUAUGACUGUAAGAGCUGCAGUAAUGAAUUCGUUGAAUCAGGCAUCGACUACUAACAGAGAGGAAAGAGAACGAUGCCUGGCCGAGAGAAAUCGACAGCAUGCAUUGAUUGUUGAAAUAAAAAUCAGGCUAGUGAAAAAAGAACUGGCAAUGCGCGAACUGCAGGUAGCAAUUUGCCAAGAAAAACUACUAGCGGUAAGCAGCGAUACACCCGUUGAUUCUCUCGGUUCGGCUAUUGCCGCAAAUGAAGAAAAAGUUACAGCCAUCAGUACCGAUAUCCGCCAAUGCUACGAAGAAGAAAAAGUGGCUAAAGAGAUGUUAGUGUUAUUGGAAGAAAAACUUAAAAAGUAUACGGAAGAGGAUAAUUUACAACGUCGUCAUAUUGAUGAGUUUAAUUUGCAACAAAGAAAAGCCGAAUCGCUCGUUUCGAAAAAUGAAGAUAGUUUAAAAGGAGCCACCUUAGAACUCAAAGAACUCAUUAAACAAAGAAAAAACUACUCUACCUACUUUGUGAAUCUUGAGAGGAUGAUGGUCAAAAUAAAGGUGUGUCGAAAACUUAAAGAGCUUGAUCGUAAGGAAGAAAGAAUAAUUGGAAAGAAAAUACAUGAACCAAGCAAGGAACAAUUUAAGGCAACGAGCAACGUACAAUAUGCCAGCCAGUUAACUGUGUUUGGUAGGAAUUACCAGCCUCUCACUUUGGAACAACCUACGAUAUCAUGUAGUAGUUCUGCUGUCCAGCAUUUCACAAGCUUGCAAUCGAUUGAAAUUCAUAAUCAUACGCCUUGGCUUCCGCAGCCCUUCUUGCCGUUAUCUCGUUUUUCGCCAGGUCCACUGCAAAUGGCACCUUUGGCACUUCCGUGGAUUGAUUCGCAGACUCAUCAGAAUCCAUGAAGUUGGUUGUCUUUUUCUCCUUCUUCACAAUAACAUUAUUAUGUCAGAACCGUUAUUAUUUCCUCUUUUGGCCUUGGUUGUGCUAAAAAAGGACAAACGACUCUUCUCGAUGCGUUAAAUUUAAGUUUAAUCUUGCAUUCUUCGUCAGUAAAAGGUGUUAAAGCAUCAUCGUUUAAUCCAGAUUGUUCGAAAUCAGAAUUAAUGAAAUGAUUUUCUCUUCGCACAGAUUGUAGGAUGUGUACCGUAUUUCAUGUUACCAAGAUAAUUAAAACAUGUAUUGUUACAAUCUUCCGUACGUUGAGUCAAUU